AUGAACUUGCCGCCUGACAAAGCCCGGCUGCUGCGGCAGUACGACAACGAGAAGAAGUGGGAGCUCAUCUGUGACCAGGAAAGAUUCCAAGUGAAGAAUCCUCCACAUACGUACAUCCAGAAGUUGAAGGGCUAUCUGGACCCGGCUGUAACCAGGAAGAAAUUCAGAAGACGAGUCCAAGAGUCUACUCAAGUACUCCGCGAACUGGAAAUUUCUUUAAGAACAAAUCACAUUGGAUGGGUCAGGGAGUUCCUGAAUGAAGAAAACAAAGGCCUGGAUGUUCUGGUGGAGUACUUGUCCUUUGCACAGUAUGCAGUCACGUUUGACUUUGAAAGUUUGGAGAACAAUGUGGAAAACUCGAUGGACAAGUCCAAACCUUGGAGCCGAUCUAUUGAGGACCUGCACAGAGGCAGUAAUUUACCCUCGCCAGUUGGCAACAGCGUUUCCCGCUCCGGCAGACACUCAACUUUACGGUAUAACACCUUGCCAAGCCGAAGAACACUAAAAAAUUCCAGAUUAGUGAGUAAAAAAGAUGAUGUUCAUGUCUGCAUCAUGUGUUUACGGGCCAUAAUGAAUUACCAGUAUGGAUUCAAUAUGGUCAUGUCGCAUCCACAUGCCGUUAAUGAAAUUGCACUAAGUUUGAACAACAAGAAUCCCAGGACGAAGGCCCUUGUCUUGGAACUUCUAGCAGCUGUUUGCCUUGUCAGGGGAGGGCAUGAAAUCAUUUUAUCUGCAUUCGAUAACUUUAAGGAGGUGUGUGGAGAGAAACAGCGCUUUGAGAAGCUGAUGGAGCACUUCCGAAAUGAAGACAACAAUAUAGACUUCAUGGUGGCCUGCAUGCAGUUCAUCAACAUCGUCGUCCACUCGGUGGAGGACAUGAACUUCAGAGUCCACCUGCAGUAUGAAUUUACGAAGCUCGGCCUGGACGAGUAUUUGGAUAAACUGAAACACACAGAGAGUGACAAACUGCAGGUGCAAAUCCAAGCUUACCUGGAUAACGUUUUUGAUGUGGGAGCUUUACUGGAGGAUGCCGAAACCAAGAAUGCAGCCUUGGAAAGAGUUGAAGAACUGGAAGAAAACAUUUCCCAUUUAUCUGAAAAACUCCAAGAUACGGAGAACGAAGCCAUGGCAAAGAUUGUGGAACUGGAAAAACAGCUUAUGCAAAGGAACAAAGAACUGGAUGUGAUUCGGGAAAUCUACAAAGAUGCAAAUACCCAAGUUCACACCUUGAGAAAAAUGGUGAAAGAAAAAGAAGAAGCCAUCCAGCGACAGUCCACGCUGGAGAAAAAGAUCCAUGAACUGGAGAAGCAGGGAACCAUUAAGAUCCAGAAGAAAGGUGAUGGUGACAUCUCUAUCCUUCCUGUUGCUCUGGCCUCUGGGAUGGUGCCAGCAGGGUCAGAGGCUGUGGCUGGCACAUGUGUCGCACCGGUCACUGGAGCUGCAUCUUCAGUACCAUUGCCACCACCUCCACCACCGUUACCCACCUUAGCAGCAGCAUCUGAGGCAGUGCAAAACGGUCCUGUGUCGGUGCCGAUGCCGCCUCCGCCACCGCCUCCACCGCCACCUCCGCCGCCCCCACCACCGCCUCCUCUCCCAGGUCCAGCUUUGGAGACGGCUCCUGCGGCUCCGCUGCCCCCGCCGCCCCCACCGUCGGCACCCCCCCUGCCCGGGACAGCCUCUCCUACCGUGGUGUUCAACUCAGGGCUUGCAGCUGUGAAAAUCAAGAAGCCGAUCAAGACCAAGUUCCGCAUGCCGGUGUUCAACUGGGUCGCCCUCAAACCCAACCAGAUCAAUGGGACGGUCUUCAAUGAAAUAGAUGACGAAAGGAUCCUGGAGGAUUUAAAUGUGGAUGAAUUUGAAGAAAUAUUCAAAACAAAAGCCCAAGGUCCAGCCAUUGAUCUCACUUCAAGCAAGCAAAAGAUAACUCAGAAAGGGUCAAACAAAGUCACGUUACUGGAUGCCAACAGGGCCAAAAAUCUUGCCAUUACUUUAAGAAAAGCUGGAAAGACGGCAGAUGAAAUAUGCAAAGCUAUUCACGUGUUUGACCUGAAAACGUUGCCGGUGGAUUUUGUUGAAUGCCUCAUGCGGUUCCUGCCCACCGAGAAUGAAGUGAAAGUGCUGCGGCUCUACGAGCGGGAAAGGAAACCCAUCGAGAACCUGUCCGACGAAGACCGGUUCAUGAUGCAGUUCAGCAAGAUUGAGAGGCUGAUGCAGAAGAUGACCAUCAUGGCGUUUAUAGGCAACUUCGCAGAAAGCAUCCAGAUGCUGACCCCGCAACUUCACGCAAUAAUAGCUGCAUCUGUGUCAAUAAAGUCAUCCCAAAAGCUUAAGAAAAUACUGGAGAUAAUCUUGGCUCUUGGAAACUACAUGAACAGCAGUAAACGAGGAGCUGUGUAUGGAUUUAAGCUACAGAGUUUGGACCUGCUCCUAGAAACAAAGUCAACAGACCGAAAGCAGACCCUGCUGCACUAUAUUUCUAAUGUGGUCAAGGAGAAGUACCAACAUGUCUCCCUCUUUUACAACGAACUUCAUUACGUGGAGAAGGCUGCUGCAGUGUCUCUUGAAAACGUCCUCUUGGACGUGAAGGAGCUGCAGAGGGGUCUGGAUCUGACGAAGCGCGAGUACACCAUGCAUGACCACAACACGAUGCUGAAGGAGUUCAUUCAGAACAACGAAGGGAAGCUAAAGAAACUGCAGGAUGACGCCAAAAUAGCCCAGGAUGCCUUUGAUGAUGCUGUGAAGUACUUCGGGGAGAAUCCCAAGACGACACCCCCCUCGGUCUUUUUCCCAGUGUUUGUCCGGUUUGUGAAGGCCUACAAGCAAGCAGAAGAAGAGAAUGAGUUGAGAAAAAAGCAGGAACAGGCCUUAAUGGAAAAACUUAUGGAGCAAGAAGCAUUGAUGGAGCAACAGGACCAAAAGUCUCCUUCACAUAAAACAAAGAGACAGCAGCAAGAGCUGAUUGCAGAGCUCAGGCGGCGGCAAGUCAAGGAUAACAGGCAUGUGUACGAAGGGAAGGACGGUGCUAUUGAAGAUAUUAUAACAGCCCUAAAGAAGAAUAAUAUCACUAAAUUUCCAAAUGUUCACUCGAGGGUAAGGAUUUCUUCUAGCACACCGGUGGUGGAGGAUACACAGAGCUGGCAAGCAUCACUUUUUACUUAG